AUGAAUUUUACAGAGUCUCGUACCACAGAUUAUCCAUAUUAUUCAGACUAUGCUUCUCUAAUCACAGAACCUUGUUCUAAGCUGGAAGUCAGGAACUUCACAAAAACAUUUCUGCCAGUUGCAUAUUCCUUGAUUUGUAUCAUCGGCCUGGUUGGUAACAUCUUUGUAGUGAUGACCUUUGCUUUAUAUGAAAGAAGCAAGUCCAUGACGGAUGUGUACCUCUUCAACAUGGCCAUAGCAGACAUACUUUUUGUUCUCACUCUCCCACUGUGGGCAGUGAAUUAUGCUGCUGACAAAUGGAUUUUUGGUGAUUUUAUUUGCAAAAUGACCAGAGGUAUCUAUGCAAUCAACUUCAGCUGUGGCAUGCUGCUUUUGGCCUUUAUCAGCGUGGACCGGUAUAUUGCUAUCGUGCAGGCAACAAAGUCAUUUAAACUCCGGGCAAGAACACUUGCAUAUAGUAAACUCAUUUGUUUGGUUGUGUGGGUAUCAUCAAUUUUAAUCUCUAGUUCCUCUUUUCUAUAUAGUGAAAGUUACAGCUUCUCCAUCAAUGAAACCAAGGAGAUUUGUGAUCAUAGAUUUGACAGAAUGUCUGAAAGCACAAUGCUGAAAUCACUGCUGCUGUGUCUACAAGUUGGAUUUGGAUUUUUUAUACCUUUCAUAUUCAUGAUUUUUUGCUAUACGUUCAUUGUCAAAUCCUUGCAACAAGCUCAGAAUUCGAAAAGAAACAAAGCAAUCCGUGUGAUUGUAUUAAUUGUAGCUGUUUUCCUAGUUUUCCAGGUACCUUAUAACCUUGUUCUUCUUGUGACAGCCAUAAAUAUGGGCAAGAUAGACAAGUCUUGUGAUAAUGACAAGAUAAUGGCCUAUGCAAAAUACACCACUGAAGCCAUAGCUUUUUUACACUGUUGUGUGAACCCUGUGCUCUAUGCAUUUAUUGGAGUGAAGUUUAGGACUUAUUUUGUGAAGAUAAUGAAGGACCUAUGGUGCAUGAGAUACAAGAAAUACAAUAAACGUAGUUCAAGGACAAACUCUGAUACUUAUCACUCGAGACAGACUAGUGAAAUUCUGACUGACAAUGCAUCUUCUUUUACUAUAUAA